AAGACCAACACUUGCUUCUUCUACGGCUUCGAAGACGACCGCAGGACUGCCGCCCUAGAAUCAGAUAAAACCCAUGCCGCCACAGGCCAGAAGUAGGAGAGCGGCAGCAAGUGCCGCUUCGGCGUCGAUCAGCGAGGCGUACGACUUGACGAGAAGAGGAGCGAGGCUCGAAGAGAAGGCGCCGAAGGCAGUCAAGAGAAAUCGAGAGGUGGCCGACGAGGCAGAAGUCGAGACAAAUGGGAAGCCAGGAGAACACUGCGAGGGGGCAGAAAUGAAGGCGAAACAGAAGAGACAGGGUUCACAGAAUGCGUCUCCAAAGAGACGAGCCACGAGCAAGAAGACGACCAAAUCGAAGGCAAAGGCCACUCCCGUGCUGGGGACAUCGGAAGACCCGGGAGAAGAGAUCGAGACUGCAGCAGGAGAUGAGCUCUCAGGUGCCGCAAAGGAGCUCUCGACGCUCAUCUCACAGAAUGACGUCGGAGCCCUUGAGUCUUGGAUCGCGCAGGAAGAAGCCACCUCGCCGAGUGUGGGCCCAAAGACGAAGGACAAGGCGACCGAAGCGUUGUUGAAGCGGGCGAAGAAGGAACGAGAUCUCAUGGUCAAGGAAAGGAAUCGUCUCGCCAAGCUCCUGCAUUACGAGCGAGCCAUCGUGGCAAGCGCGAAGCUAGAAGAACAUGUAGAAGAGGAGGUUGGCGAGGUGGAACCCAUCUACAUUGCCGGAACCGACGAAGUGGGCGUGGGACCACUAGCCGGUCCAAUUGUGGCCUGCGCCGUCAUCCUUCCUUCUCCCUCAUCAAUCCCUGACAGUGGCCUACGAUGGUGGAAGGGCCUAGAUGACUCUAAACGGGUUCACAAGUCGAAACGAGCAGAAAUGGCGCAGAGCAUCAAGGAGCACGCCCUCGCCUGGUCUGUCGGCAUCGUCGAGGCAAAGGAAGUCGACGAACUCAACAACUAUCAAGGAUCCAUCGAGGCGAUGAGGAGGGCCAUUGAAGGGCUGGCCAUCCGUCCAGACCACCUCCUCGUCGAUGCUCGUGACAUUCCAGAUGUGCGGUUGCCUCCUCGAAAAGAGGCAGUCGCCUCGAGAAAGAAGGAGGAUGAAGAAGAGAUCGGACAGACGGCCCUCAUCUCUGGCGAUCGUCUCUCGCAGUCCAUCGCCGCAGCAUCUAUCAUUGCCAAGGUGACCCGAGACGCGAUGAUGGACACGAUCCAUCUGUCCUACCCAGAAUACAAUUUCCUCGAGAAUAAGGGAUACGGGACGGCCCACCACAUGAAGGCACUCAGGGAGAUAGGCCCUUGUCCGCAUCAUCGCUUCAGCUUCAGACCAGUCGCAGAGGCCCAGGCGAAGCUCGAGGGAAGAGAAGUCACGCCGCCGAAAAAACGAACGAAGAAGAGCAAGGCAGAUGAUGGGCCAAAGAAGGACGCGGAAGGCAAGCCGCUUCUCACCACACUCACCAAUUGGCUCACACUGCCCUGGAAGAAGGGCGAGGGCGACGCCAAGGAUCAAGGACAGGCAGAUGCAGCACCUGUUGUAGAAGCAUAAAGAGCUCAAUCCGAUGUCAUUCAUCUAUAAAUCAGGAGAACCAAGAAGUCAGGCAUGUGAAAAACAUCUCAAUAGUAGGUCAUUCCGAUU